UCAGAGCUUAGCAGUGUGCCUGGAACAUAGUAAGAGCUUAAAAAAUAUUUACUGUUUGACUUUCCACAGUCUCUCCUCGAGUCUCCACUUCUCUUGCCCUUUAUGUGCUUUUUAAUUUUUUUAGUCAAAAUUUUUUCCACUUACUAAGCAUCUGUUUUAGGGAUUAGUCUAAGUUACGUAAUUUUUUUGCUCAAUAUGCACUAAUGAUCAUUCACUGGAAAUCGAGGGCCGCCUUCCUACACAGCUUCCAAGACAACGGGAAGAAGCAAGAAGCAGGUUUGCCUGGAGGGGGAGGAGGGUCCUCUUCUACCGGGGAAAAGGACUGCCCAUCGUCUAUACGCCCCCUCACUCCCAAUUCAGAGCUGGCUAGAUGGAGGAGUUUAUCUUUGUUUUCCGAGAAAGUACAGAUGAUAAGGAAGCAGACACUAGCUGGAAGCUCUUCCCCCGCCUCGGUUUCCAUCUCCUUCCUCCGACACAAAUAACCAUUGUCCUCCUCCCGGUCCCCACCUUUUCAACCCCUAACCCCCACCUCCAACUCCCUCCACGGUUGUGAAGACGUCUUCGCAACUUCACCCCCAGGAACAAGAAAAAUUCAAGUGACCAGCUAAGGCAAGGAAGGGUUAGCCACGCCGAUCUUGGCAGCCCCGACCAGAGGCGGCCCGAGGCUGGGAAACGAUCCAGUUGGAUGCAGGUCGUAUUGACUUCUCCAGACCUGCCUAUGAUCUCAGGGCUCCCGGCGAGGUUUAAAGACCCAAGGAGAACUACAUCUCCCAGCAGGCUCCGUCACGCCGUGGGUCUACGUACGCACAGUGGAGGGGGCGGGGGUGGCUGGAGAGGAGGAUCUCCGGAUUCCCCGGCAUAGAAAACGAAAGGUCGGUAGGGGAAGCCGGGGUCGACAGACAAUAUGGCCAGGAGGGCACUGAAAAUUGUUUCUUGGACCAGUGUGGCCCUGGCUUCCUCUGGCUUCUACCUUUACAGUAACAAGUACAUAGACCCCAAUGAUUUUGGAGCAGUCAGGAUAGGCAGAGCUGUAGCCACGACUGCUGUCAUCAGUUACGACUACCUCACUUCCCUUCGGAGCGUUCCUUAUGGUUCAGAGGAGUAUGCACAGCUCAAAUCUAAGGUACAUCGUCGCUCAGCUGAGCGCCUCCGAGAACUCUGCUGUGCGAACAGAGGCACCUUCAUCAAAGUGGGCCAGCACCUCGGGGCCCUGGAUUACCUGCUGCCUGAGGAGUACACAAGUACCUUGAAGGUCCUGCACAGCCAGGCCCCGCAAAGCAGCAUGCAAGAGAUCCGGCAGGUGAUUCGAGAGGACCUGGGCAAAGAGAUCCAGGACCUAUUUCAGAGUUUUGAGGACACCCCCCUCGGGGCUGCCUCCCUUGCCCAGGUCCACAAGGCUGUGCUGUAUGAUGGAAGAACUGUGGCAGUGAAGGUCCAGCACCCAAAGGUACAAGCCCAGAGCUCCAAGGACCUUCUGCUGAUGGAGGUGCUUGUUGGGGCUGUGAAGCAGCUGUUUCCUGAAUUUGAGUUCAUGUGGCUGGUGGAUGAGGCGAAGAAGAACUUGCCUCUGGAGUUAGACUUCCUCAAUGAAGGCAAGAAUGCAGAGAAAGUGGCUGAAAUGCUUAAACGCUUUAAAUUCUUAAAGGUCCCUCGCAUUUACUGGGAGCUGUCAACUCGACGAGUCCUUCUGAUGGAGUUUGUAGAAGGUGGACAGGUCAACGAUAAGGCUUACAUGGAGAAGAAUCAGAUUGAUGUCAAUGAGAUCUCCCGACAAUUGGGAAAGAUGUACAGUGAGAUGAUCUUUGUCAAUGGCUUUGUGCACUGUGACCCACACCCAGGCAACGUGCUGGUGAGGAAGUGUCCAGGAACGGGGAAAGUGGAGAUUAUUUUGUUGGACCAUGGACUGUACCAGAUCCUAACAGAUGAGUUUCGCCUGGAUUACUGUCACCUCUGGCAGGCCCUGAUCAAGGCAGAUAUGAAGCAUGUGAAGAAAUACAGCCAGCAGCUGGGGGCAGGGGAUCUCUAUCCCCUUUUUGCCUGUAUGCUGACUGCCCGGUCCUGGGACUCCGUCAAUAAAGGCAUUGGCCAGACAUCAGUCACUGCCAAUGAGGAUGUGGAGAUUCGAAACAAUGCUGCCGCCUACCUCCCGCAGAUCAGUCAGCUCCUCAACAAGGUGCCUCGGCAAAUGUUGCUUAUCCUUAAGACUAAUGACCUGCUCCGGGGCAUCGAGACGGCCCUGUCUACCCGGGCCAGCGCCAGCUCCUUCCUCAACAUGUCUCGAUGCUGUACCCGAGCCCUAGCUGCGCACAAGAAGAAGAAGACUUGCUCAUUGCUCAAGACCCAGAUAUCUCUUGAGGAGUCCCUCAGCCUAUGGCAGAUCAACCUGCAUGAACUCUUCCUCCGUGUGCGGGGGUCUUGGCUGGGAAACUGGAUCUUUGCCCUACUCUAUUGGCUGUCUCCUGCUUCACACUGAGGGGCAGGCUGUAUCCUCCACCUUGCCCUACAGCGACGCUAGGUUGAGUAGGCAGGAGGGGGACACCACUCUGUCUCUACUCUGCUUUCCAA